AGUUAACGUUUAAAUGACAGCCUUACUUUGUUCUGUGUAAUUUUGUAAUGCUUUGAUCUUACGGUCACCCUAAGUGUUUGUGAAUCCAAACCCGUUUAUCCUCACGCAUGCGCGGUACUGCAGAAUCAGUUGGUUGUGUUGUUGGAGCUGUGUUUGGGAAACUCUGUCGGUACAACUAGAUAAAAGGAAAGAACUCAGCAUGCCUCUGUUUGGGAAUGUGUUUAGCCCCAAGAAGACCCCACCACGGAAAUCAGCGUCUCUGUCCAACCUGCAUACACUGGACCGCUCCACUCGGGAGAUGGAGAUCGGGCUGGAAUAUGGCUCUCCUAUGAUGAAUAUCGGGGGGCAGAGCCUCAGGUUUGAAGAUGGCCAGUGGCUUGCAGAGUCAGGGGGCAGUGUGUCUCAGAAGGAGGUCCAGCGCUUGAAGAAGCGAAAUGUGCAGCUGGAGGAGGAAAACAACCUGCUGAGACUCAAGAUUGACAUCCUUCUGGACAUGCUCUCGGAAACAACGGCAGAGUCCCACCUUAUGGAGAAGGAGCUAGAGGAGAUCAAGAACCACAACCGCAAGAGAAAGUGAGCGGGGAGACCAGGGGGCACAGCACACAACACCACAGAGCAGAGAAAGAGACACAACACAGACGUACUUUCAACAGGGCCUUACACUGGAGGGUGAGACACGCUGCUUCACACAGAAGAUGUGCAACAAAAGAUUUGUUUUGUGGUAAUUUUAUCCUCUCUCCGGUAAUCAGGUUUAUUUUUGGUCUUUGAAUUGCUUCUGUAAUGCCCAAGUAUUUUUUCUAGACCCCAUGUUCCAAACACACAAUGUGAAAUCUGUCCAGCAAUAUGUAAUAUAUGUAAUAUACAAAUCUUUGCUUUUGAGUCUGAAUUGAAAACACAAUAUGGUACAGAGACAAUGAUAAAGUGUUGUAUCAUGCUUGAUACACAACCAGUGCUAACAGAGAAAGUCAGAACACUUUGAUGGGUUACCUGAAAGGGUAUACAGAUACCAAUGUAUUUUUUCAAAACGGGUACCAUGUUCUGGAUUGUCUGCCAUGCCUAUCUCUACUUUAAAUAGAUAGAAUUGUACACAUCCCGGCCUCUAGCAGGUAUUGGGAAAGAUGAAAUGCAGCCCAUUUGAGCUCACUUGGACCCGUACCAGUUUCGGCAAUCUCCGUUGCAGAAACCUGUGUUUUGUUGGGAUCAAAUGAAAAACAAAAUGCCCAACCCAGUUCUGCAUCGGUUGUACAUUAAUCAUAUUGUGGGUACACCUCUGCACUUGCUUUUGUAAAUAUUUGAAUUUGAGACUCCUGUUGUUUUUAAGGAUAACAAAAUGUUUCAGAUUCAGAUUGAUGCAACAAAAGCUACAAGCCCAGCCGUUUUAACAUGUUAACUUAUACACAGAAUAUAUAUUUAUAUAUAUAUAUAUAUAUAUAUAUAUAUAAUUUUUUUGUUUUGUUUUGUAAUACUCAGAUUUCUGGGUUAUGUCAGUCAUUUACGUCUUUGAAAAGCAUGCCUAAAGUUUUUUAAACCAUCCCCUUUAUUAGUUUUGGUUCCCCUAUCAUUGUGCAGUUGAACUUUUUCAUUUUCAACAGAGAAAAAAUAAUAGUAUAGGACACUGGCAUUUGACAUCAUUUUAUGACACUAAAGAGACUUUUAUAUACUGUUGAAUGUUUAAUCUUCAUAACUGUUGUACACAGAGCCCUGUUUAAGAGCCCUGCACUAGUGGUACUCAUGGUACUUAUGGCUCUUUUAGUCCAGUCUAUUCCAUGUGAGGACUGUUUUAACAAGGUACUAGACUAGAAUGUCCCAGUUUAUGGAUUUGCUACUGUUUAGAUCAACUUAAUAGAACAUUUUGCCCCUUUAAUUGUGAAAUUAUGAAGGUGCAGCACUCAUGUCCAGCAUAUUGUGAAUUUUUAAAGUUUGAUUGCUAGUCCUGUAAGUAUGUAAAGGCCUACAAUGAGUCUUUAUUUGGUACUGUGCGGUGCUAUUUACAAUGUCAGUGUUGUACAGGUACUGUGCAGUGCUAUUUACAGUGUCUGUGGUACUGUGCAGUGCUAUUUACAUGUCUAUGUGUCUAUGUUGUACAGGUACUGUGCAGUGCUGUUUACAUUCAGUCAUUACAUUAUACAGUCAGAAAUGUAGCUCUCUAAUUAUCUUGGUACGACAUUGCAUAUAUAUAUAUAUAUAUAUAUAUAUAUAUAUAUAUAUAUAUAUAUAUAUAUAUAUAUAUAUAAUAUAAAGCUGUAAAUAUAAAAGUAUAAAUCUAUUAGAAUAUUCAAGGAAGACUUGGGUGGCACAGUAGCAUAUAUCUUGAACUUUUUAUGCCUUUACCUCUGGAGGUCUGGGUUUGAAUCCUGCUGGUUGUAAUCCAAGCUCCCAUUGGACACUAGUCCUCAUUGUAAAACAAACAUGCCAUAUGUUAAGAUUGUCAGUCUGUGUUAGAGAGAGGCCCUGGACUGAAUGGCAGACAGAGGUGUCCUGGUCAGGGUUUAGGUGUGAUCUCUCUCACUCUCUCACUCGCUCUGUCGCUCUUGCUUGCAGAGAAAGAGGAGAACCUCUCGUUUGUGUGCCUAACUGUACCAAUGAGUUCCUCGCCUUUCACAAAACAAACAAGGGGAAAAAAGUCCCCUGGUACUGCUCCAAAGGGAAUGUCACUUUUAACUUGUUUAACUUUGUUGUUUGAUGUUUCAGCCUGUUUCCUUGUAAACUAUUCAUGGACACGUUUUUGUUAGCUGGCUCUGUUGGACUGUUUGGUUUUUUUGUAUACCCCUUUGUAAAUAAACAGAUUAAACACA